AUGUUGGUCGCUUUCGCCUCAACAUUAGAAUCAUUAACAAAUGGCACAACUCGUUUGAUAUUAUUGGGUACUGGCGGUGGGCCAGUGAUAAACGCAAAUCGCAGUGCAUCAUCUCAAGUGAUCAUUAUUAAUAAUACUCUCUAUGUAAUUGAUAGCGGUGAUGGUGUUGCUCGACAGAUGAAACUUGCCAAUUUAAAACUAGCUUCGAUUCGACACAUUUUUAUCACUCAUCAUCAUUCGGAUCAUAAUGCUGACUACGGAAAUUUACUUUUAUUUAUGUGGACAACUGGUUUAAAUCAUCAAGUUAACACUUACGGUCCACGACCAUUACGUAAAAUGACAAAAAUGUUUUUGAAACUGAGUGAGUGUGACAUAAAAGUAAGAAUAAAGGGUGAAGGACGUUUACCAUUAAAGGAUAUGAUUAAAGCCCACGAUAUUCAAAGAAAUAAUGGUCGGAGCCGUGGCGGCAUCAGUCGUCACAUUAUGGAAGACGAAAAUGUUCGAGUGACAGCGGCUUUAGUCAAUCAUCCACCAUUCAAAACAGCAUUUGCCUAUCGAUUCGACAGUCGACUUGAUAAUCGUUCAAUUGUAAUUUCCGGUGAUACGGCACCGAGCGACAAUUUAAUUUCACUUGCUCAAAAUGCGGACAUUCUUGUUCACGAAGUCAUGCAUUUACCAUCCAUUGAAAAAUUAAUUGCAAUACGAUCAGGUGUCUCCCGAAUAAAACAACAGUUAUUGGCUAGUCAUACAACAUGUCAACAAGUUGGACGUAUAGCAACACUGGCCAACGUUAAAACAUUGGUUUUGUCGCAUUUAAUACCAGCUGAAUAUCCGUUUCUUACAGAUGAACAAUGGCUCGAAGCAGUACGACCUUAUUUUGCUGGAAAAAUUAUUGUUGGCCACGACCUUCUUGAAAUAUAA